AUGCCAAGCAAUUAUUUUUAUGAUUUCACUAUUUGUCUGACUGAUAAUUGGAAUGUGUUAUAUAAUCAUAUUGUCAACAUUUAUUUUUCAGAAAGGACUGAUAUAUCCCCUGUCACUGAUGGAAAUAUAAGAUUUUUAAUUUAUAUAAAUGAAGAGGAAAACGAUUCUAUCACUCCCUUUACUUUAUAUCGUCAAGAUAAACUUGAUAAUGUUAAAUUAAAUCUUGCUGAUUUGGCGGGAAUUAGGCAAGAACAUGCUAGUAUAAAUUCAAAUGUUGGAUAUUUACUUGUUAAAGUGUCGAGGAUCAAUUAUAUUUGGACGCAAAGUAAUUUAGUUGAUUUCCUUCGAAAGUCAACAUCCAAUAUCGUUUCUUCCACAUCAGAAGAGUUAAUUGACUUUUUUUACAAAAGUGGUACACAUUGUAUUUCUGAAAUUACUUUUGGUAAUAGCGCUUAUCAAGUUUUUGUAUAUGAAAAAGAAAAAGAAAAAUACCAAGAAAUUAAGUCCAAGAUUCAAAAUCAGAAGUUAAAUAUGAAUAUUGAAUCUUUUUUUGAUUUUCAUGGGUAUGUUAGAAUCAAAAAUAAUAACUCAGGUUAUACCAAGUAUGCUGGUGAAUUGAAAUUAGCUAGCCAGGACCCUUUACCGGAUGACUUUAAAGAACGUAUUAAAGAUAAUAUGAUAAAUAUUCAAGGGCAACCUUCGAUAUUCUUAAUAAAACAAUCAACGUUUCUAGAAAAUAUCUUUAUUAAUACUACAGCAAUUGGGCUAAAACUUACAUCACUCAUCGAAUAUCCUGAUCCGAAUUUUUUACGUUCGCAAUGGUCGAUCACACUAGGUUCUGCUCUUAUUCAAAAAUUUGAUCGAUCCAAUAGACUUCUUAAUUUUAACGAUAAUCAAUCUGAUAAGUGGUUUAAUGUCUAUAAAGAUUUCAUCAGUCCAUUUGCAUCGAUUAUUGCAACUCCAAUUUUGACGGUUUCUCAAAUAUACAUUGACCUGGAUACUUUUCACAGAGAGCAUGAUUUAAUUUAUAUGAAACCAACAAAACUAACUUUACUAGCAGAUAUUAUUCACAUAUCUACUGAAGUUGAAUUACCAGGAGAUGAAAUUAUGAUUGCUGCAAGAAUGAUUUUUGUUACUAGUCCUAAAUCAAAAAUUAUUAUUUCUUCUAAUAUAUACGAAAAUUGUAAAUUUUUUUUUGAUCAAGUUUCGCCAACAAUCGUAAUUCAGCAAAAAAAUUCUAUCGAACGUAUGACAAUUUUUGGAAAAACUCCAACUGCUCUCACAGCUAAACAACCUGAUUCCGAUAAUGAAAUUCCUAGCUCAUUAGACAUUAAAUAUGUUUUUAAUGAUGAAUAUCUCAUCAAAACUUUUUUAUCUUCACAAAUUAAUUUAAGAAUGAAUAAUGACAUUGAAUUUCUUUUACUGUUAAUGGAAUCAAUUUCUCAUGCUAGACUCAGUGACGAUAAUGUAUUUAAGAUUGCUGCCAAGAAGUUCAUCAAAUGGAUUUUCAAAACUACCUCGAUUCUCCAAAAUAAAUGA